GCAGGGAAGGGAAGCCGAGAAAGGGGAGGGACUUAGGAGGCCAGAAAAAGCUCUUUUUUGCGAGCGGAGCUCGGCGAGGCGUAGCUUAGUGAGAGCGGGCAAGCCGGGGAGCGCUGUGGACAAGGGGUCGUGCUGCCGCCGCGCCUGACAUUCGAGCGAGCGAGCGAGCGAGCGAGCUAGGAGAGCAAGAGCGCGCGAGGAGGGGGAAGAGAGAGAGAGGGAGAGAGAGAAAACGCCAGCCAGCCAGACAGGCGCGCACUCUCUCUCUCUCACACGCACACACACACACUCACGCACGCCCAGACGCUAAAAGUGCAGGCUCGCUCGCUCGCGCUCGGCAAAAAAAGGAAGGCCAGCUGAGGCAGGGAGCUCGGCGCUCGGGAAGAGGAGCUUCGGACUUCCUUCUCGCCUCGUACUGCCCGGCGCCCUGGGAUCGGCUAUAGUCGUGCUUUGAUUCACCCCUUAAUUAAUUUAUUCUUCCCCGGCUGCUGAGAAGGUGCCUCGCUCAUAAACCGUUGGUAUUGUGUGCUUUUUUUCCCCCUCCCUUCCUCUUCUUUUGGAAAGGGGAAUUAAAAAAAAGCACCAUAUCAUUUUUUUCUCUCUCUUUCCCACCUCCGGCUCCUUUUUUUUUUCCCCCUUCAAACUCCAAGCAAAGGGCCCCAAAGCGAAGUGGGCUGAUUCAGCGCUCUCCAGAGGGGAAGCUCGUGAAGGUGGUGUUAGAAAUAAAUCAAUAACAGAACAAAACAAGCCAUUCCAACUUCCAGCUUGAAGGCAGCGACUGGCGGCAGCCUCGGGAUCCGAGACCUCUGGGGAGAGAAGAUGCACUGAAACUUUUGGGGAAACUUUUCCUCCUUUCCCCCCCUCCAUUUAAAUGAAUUCUGAUUCCUGAUAAUAUUACAAAUUUCCCCCUUCCUUUUGCCUUGGUGGUGCGCGCCACAGAGCUUCGGAGUGGGUCUGCGUGUGAGAGAAAGAGAGACGAGAGGAAGCAAGCAAGCUGUUACAAAUCGGAGCCGUUGGGUUCCGUGCCGGGAUUGUUUCGGAGGGGCGUCGGAUCGGAACCAGGAGCUGAGCCGGGGACGUUGAGAGUUGGACAAGUUAAGGAGCGGAAAGCGAGUGAGGUGUGGAGGGAGUGAUUUCCCCCCCUUCCUUUGCGGCUUUGGCGCCUUGGGAGCCGGACUUAUGGACGGGUGAAACCAGAGCCUCAUUUUCUCCCCCCUUCCCCCUUCAUCAGCCCCGGAGUUUUCCUUGAUCGGAGCCGCCGCCAGAGGAGGAGCACAUAAAAUAAAAGGAAAGAAGAGGAGUAAGUCAGUGCGAAUCUAAUCCAGCUCCUCGGGUUCCCCCCUUUUGCUUCGCUCCAGGAACCAUGAACUUUCUGCUCACUUGGAUCCGUUGGGGGCUGGCGGCGCUGCUCUAUUUCUACAACGCCAAGUUAUCAUGGGCUGCUCCUGCCCAGGGGGAUGGAGAUAAGCAACACAUUGAAGUGAUCUCGUUUUUGGACGUCUUUGAUCGCAGUGCAUGCAGACCUCUUGAGACCAUGGUGGAUAUUUUCCAGGAGUACCCAGAUGAGGUGGAAUAUAUCUUCAAGCCCUCCUGUGUACCCUUGAAGAGAUGUGCAGGGUGCUGUAAUGAUGAGGCACUGGAGUGUGUACCCACAGCUGUGCGCAACAUCACUAUGGAGAUCAUGAGAAUUAAACACCUUCAGGGCCAGCACAUAAGCCUGAUGAGCUUCCAAGAGCACAGUAGAUGUGAAUGCAGACCAAAGAAAGAAGUCAGAAUUAGACAAGAAAAAAAAUCAAAGCGAGGAAAGGGGAAGGGUCAAAAGAGAAAGCGCAAGAGAGGCCGGUAUAAACCCCCAAACUUUCACUGUGAACCUUGCUCAGAAAGGAGAAAGCACUUGUACAAACAAGAUCCCCAGACCUGUAAAUGUUCCUGCAAAUUCACAGACUCACGUUGCAAGUCGAGGCAGCUUGAGUUAAACGAGCGCACUUGCAGAUGUGAAAAACCAAGACGGUGAGCAGCAGAGAAGAAAUGGGUUGGUGGGGGAAAGAGCCUCAGUUCUGGAGCCUGAUAUCUCGCCUGGUCAAAAAACACUAAUCCAAAUGAACACUAAAAAUGAAGGAUCAGUAGAGCACAGCACUUUUUGAGUAUGGACGAUGGACUCCGGUAGGAACAUUCCCCGAGGACCCGCACAAGAUUCACCUUUUGGGUUUUGGACUGGUUUUUAUUGAGAGACUUUCCUUCUCAUGCUGCUAAAUAAUGAAGCCAGGGAGAUUGGAGUGGCGUAUGUGGCUUUGGGACUCCCAUUUCACUCGAAUAAUAUAUAAAAUAUAUAUGUAUGUAUGUGUAUAUAUAGAUAUACAUAUAUAUAUAUAUAUCUCAUGAAUUUUUGAAACAUUGCUAACAAUAUUGGUGUCUUCACUGGAUAUAAUCAACUGCUGUGGACACAAGUGGGCUACAUGGGGCGAAAAGCAAAGGAAACUCCAACUGGACAUCAGUCAAAGUGCUUACUUUUUUUUAAUCUUCAUACUCUUGCUGACUCUUUAAAGCGCGCUGGUCCAGCUUGAUUGCCAUUUCUCCCUCCGUUAGUCUUGUGUGUGUACCAGAGAGGUGGCAAAAGACUUCCAAAGAUGGCACCUUGAAAUAUGGUGGGUCAAAAGGUCAAGCAAAAACUCUAGAUGCUAGGACUGAGGAUUCUGUCAACUUUCCUCCCCUCUCUUCAGGCUCCUGGAUUGCAACUUUCCUGCUUUGCUGGAACUUUGGUUUGCAUUUUCAUAUUGACCCUCUUCAGGAACUUCAUCAUGGAUGUUUAUUCUGGCCUUAAUGGUGGAGAACUGGUUGAUGCAAGGACUCAUCAAUAUGAGAGAGGCAUCACUGGAAUUGGCAAUCUUCCACCCCUGUUGGCUACUUAAAUAAAGGAGAGAGAGAUAUUUAUGGCUGAUAGUAUGUAGAAGCAAGAUUUGGGGACCGGUGUCUAGCCAGGCAGUUGAACAGCACUGUCUGCCAUUAUUAUGCACAGAGCUGCCAAUGAAGAUGCUUACAUAACAUCUCUGGAAAGGGAUAUUAAUCUAAAGUAUAUAUGUACAAUAGGCAAGGAUGUGUGAGUGAUUGUCUGUGAGGGGUUGGGUGGUAUGUACCUUCAUCUGUAUAGGCAUUUGGGGGUCUAAUGCUUUCAAAGCCAGAUGGCAUCAUUUCAGGGCUAAUGGGCAACACCUGAUGAAAGGGGACUUACAGUGUUGUGAAUUUACUCAGAUUCUCAAUCUGUUGUGACAUGAAAGUGUUCAUGAAAAGUGUUGUGUUCUAUUCUACCACUAAGCUGCAUGGGUGGGAUUAUGUCAUCUAUACAUGUCUACCUUUUUAUCUGAAAAAGUGUUUGGUUGCAACAGAAACAUACUUAAGAGGACAGCAGCCCUGUCCAGGUGUUACACAUAAGGUAAGUGUGGUGAAAAUAAUGUUAAGUGGGAGGGACUGUUUUAGUCCUUUCUCAGCCAAUGUUGCACCACUUUUCCCUCCAGUAUGCCAGCAACCUUCCUUCAAUGUGGAGCCAGGGUUCUGAAUCACAUGAGGAGGAACCUCAUCAUUUACAUGGGAAGAACAGUAUUACUGUGGAGGCCAAGGCUAAAUGUGUGCCAUGUGGAAACUGAGGCCUUAGUUUGCCUUCUCAUCUGAUGCUGUCAGAUAUGUUGAGCUAUAGUUCCCACUGCCAUAGCUAGUUAUGUUUGGAAUGAUGGGAUUUGCACUUCACUGUGUCAGGAGAGUGCCAAAUUAAAGAAAGGUGUCUUAUGUUUUCCUUUCCAUUUGCUAAAUGCUUGAUGCUAUAUUUGGAAUGCUUGUCUGAAAUAGCUAGAUACAAAUGAAGUGUUAAUGUGACUGUUAACUCCACUAAUCUUGACAGACCUGCUUCUGUAGCAGGAGGUUGAGUUCAUGCAUGUGGAGAGACUUGUAAAGGUAGCUAGGUCCCCAGAAAGAGGGUUUUAUUCUGCCUCUUCAGCUUUCAGAAGUACCAUCUAAGUCCCUUUAAAGCCCAAAUCAUUUUAAAGCAAAAUUUGAAAUAUAGUCCAGCCCGUUUUAAAGGAGUAGUCACAGUGGUGUGUUUAAUUAAAGUCAGGCCAAGUUCAAAGCCACAAUAAAACUGCAUUACUUACGUUUAAUAUGCAUUGCCUAAAAUCCUGAGAUUGUCUGAUCUGCAUAUAGAGAUGGGUUUUUGCUAAUUGCUUCCAACCAGAUCUCUGUGCGCGGCCCUUUGAAAUUCUGCCUUCCCCCCCUUGUUAUAGAGACUUUCACUGUGGGAAGUUGGCUGUAGCCUCCUUGAUUUCCUCAGAUCCAGAUUAAGGGAUAUGGAAGUGCUCUUAUGGGAUCAGUCCACAAUGCUCCGUGCCUUGAUACAUGAAUCACUUGAAAAACCAAAGCAUCCCAAGCCAGUAAGUGAGCAUUUAGGACAUUUUUGCUCUAGAGAUAAUCUGGAACAGUGGAAGGUUAAAGCCAAUGAUAUACUUUAAAUGACAGAAACUUGUUGACCUCCCCAAAGACUCACUUUACCUACAAGUGCAUGGUGAGAGUGGGAGCCACAAUGAUUGUGUUGGUAAGUGCAUCGUAACAAACCAGGUGUGUAACCCACUGGUAAGUUUUCUGCAGUUCUGGGUGGAAUUUGUGGCUCUUGAACUUCAAUUGAUCCUGCAGCAGGUACGUUUUCCUGUUGAUUGUACCCAAAAUCUGUGACAUUGCAAGCAGCUUCUGCUGGGCUGUUACCAGCUGGUAUGUGGCACAGAUGUUUCUAAAAUUAGAAGCAACCUUGUUGUCCUAGAAAAUCUUAUUCCUGUGUUAUCUAUGUACCAUAUACUGGGACUCUGUGUGUAUGCACAUGUGCCAUUGCUAUGCAUAGAUCUGUGGCUUUAUGGUGGUUCAAGCGAUAGCCAGUGAGUUCACCUUUGAAAAAGCUGGUUGUGAUUUAGUGAUGGAAUGUGUGGAACUGAAUCUGAGCAUUUCCUUUCUGUACAGAGGGUACAGGGUUGUCCUGGCUUCUGUUCUUUUCCCAAAAGAGGUCCAGCACUUUCAAAAUGACAGAGCUGGCCACUUGUUUGCCAUUGCAAACAUAUUUCCUUAUUUAUUGUCAGGUAUUGUGUUUGUAGCCUUGUGUACUGGGUGCAGAAACCUCAAACCACAUGACCAGUUAUACUUCUCACGAUGCAGAAAAUUGCUUCCAAUUGCCUUUCCAGGACUGGGGUGUGUAUUUGGAUCUCAGCUUCAUUUAAAAAAAAAUUAAAUUAUAUGUAUUCUAUGUCUGAAAGCUGCCAAAUGCCUGUUUAUGCAUAACAAGAAACUGUCCUAAAAAAUUGUGACAAGUGUAAUGAUUAACCACUAUGAAAUCCCCUUCCAGACAAUAGAAAAUGUGGUAUGAGUGUGUGGGUGUGUGGGGGUAGGUGUGAAUGUGCACACAACUGAAAUGUAUAUAUUCAUGUUGUAUGAGGUGACAAACAUUGUUCUAUAUACUUGUUUAAUAUCCCUUUUUAAAUUUUAGAAAUUAAAAAAAUAAUUUAAACUAG